AUGGCUGUACGGAAUGUCUCUGUAGUUACUGAAUUUAUCCUGCUGGGCAUCCCACACACAGAAGGUCUGGAGACCAUGCUCUUUGUCUUGUUUUUGUCCUUCUAUAUCUUUACCCUUUUGGGGAACCUGCUCAUUCUACUAGCCAUUGUUUCCUCUACUCGGCUUCACACGCCUAUGUACUUUUUCCUAUGCAAGCUGUCAAUUUUUGAUAUAUUUUUUCCUUCUGUGAGUUCUCCCAAGAUGCUGUUCUAUCUCUCAGGGAACAGCCGGACCAUUUCCUAUGCAGGCUGUGUGUCUCAGCUCUUCUUCUACCACUUCCUGGGCUGCACUGAGUGUUUCCUGUACACAGUGAUGGCCUACGACCGUUUUGUUGCCAUAUGUUACCCUCUACGCUACACGAUCAUCAUGAGCCACAGAGUGUGUGCCAUCCUGGCCAUGGGGACCUCCUUGUUUGGCUGUACCCAGGCCACCUUUCUAACCACUCUGACUUUCCAAUUACCCUAUUGUGGCCCCAAUGAUGUGGACUAUUACUUCUGCGAUAUCCCAGUGAUGCUGAAGCUGGCUUGCGCAGACACGUCGUCCCUGGAGAUGGUGGGGUUCAUUAGCGUUGGCCUCAUGCCCCUCAGCUGCUUCCUUCUCAUCCUCACCUCCUAUAGUCGCAUUGUCUACUCCAUCCUGCAGAUUCGCUCUGCUGAGGGCCGACGCCGGGCCUUCUCCACCUGCAGUGCCCACCUCACUGCUAUCCUGCUUUUUUACAUGCCAGUGGUCCUCAUUUACCUAAGGCCAACUCCAAGUCCCUGGCUGGAUGCAACUGUUCAGGUACUGAAUAAUCUGGUCACCCCCAUGCUGAACCCCUUGAUCUACAGCCUCAGGAAUAAGGAGGUGAAAUCCUCCUUGAGGAAGAUCCUGCAGCAGCUGGGCUUUCUUCCUGAGCAGUUGUAG